UCAUGACAUGACCAUUUACCAUUCUGAGCCGGAAGGAAGUAUAGAUGAUGCUUUCUUCUUCACUCACUAUGAAGACUAUAUGGGGCACUGUAAAGAAAUGGAAGCGACAUUAGUGGAAACAUCUCAUUCCGGCGUCAAUUCAAAUGUAGAACAGAAACUGGAGCAUAAAUACUCAGAGCCUCUCCAGAACCUUGCUGUAUGUGAUGAACACAUUGAGUUUACAGAAAGUGGUUUUGAUGAGGAGACACUAGAGAGUGAUCAUCACUUUGAUGUACAAGGCCAUGCUGAAGUACAGAAUAAAGCCCUGAUAUUUCAAGUCCCUUCCCCUUCCAGAAGCCCUUCAAAUGGCCAUGUUAGUGACAAAAGCAUAGCUAACACAGUAGCCAUAGACUGCAUCCAAAGCCAACAUUCAGCAUUACAACCAAGUAAGUGUGUUCAUCCAGCUACCCCAGAUCCUGAGGUAACGAUAAAAAAACGGAAAGGAUCAGUGAUGACUGUAAAAACUGGAGAGCGAGAGCAAAGGCUCAUCAUUCAAGGCGACAAGAAGGGGAUAGCUGAUUCUUUUGGCUCUGGGAUAAAAAAUGAGCCUAAGCUACCCUGCAGCAUACGAGAAAAAUCAUUUAUGUCCCUUUUGUUGGAUGCUGAGGAGUCAGAUAGAGAUAAUGAAUUACAGAGCUUUUCUGAGGUCCAGGACACAUCUAGGAAUAUUCCUGAUGAAGCCAAUUUCCAUGAUGAUUCCACACAUAUUACUUCAGUGUCCAGCUCCUCAAUGCCUCCUGAAGAUAAGCAAGUUUGCAUUGAGGGUACAUUUACCAAAGAAACAAAAGAGAACCUUUGCAGUGAACAAGAGAUAACAAGCCAAAUAUCUGAUCAUUUAAGAACAGAGCCUGUAGCAUGUCAGAUAGAGCAGUUAGUUAAAUCCAGCUCUGAAGAAACUGAGAAAAAAUGUGAGACAAAGGAUUGUUGCCAAAACACAGACACACCAAUGUCACCAAGAAAGCAGAUUAGUCAAAAAGAUUUGAAGUCAGAAGUGAAUAAGACCAUAAAGCUACCCGGUGAACCAGUGUUAAAAGAUACAAGAGCCAGUGAUAGCUCCCAGGAAGAAGCCCUAGACCGAUGGGCAAGGCAGCGGAAGCAAUUCAAAGACAGUAAAAAGUGCAGUUCAACUGGAGGGAGCUCCAUAAACAGCACUAUCACUGAGAUAUCAAUAAACUCAGAGGAAGCCCGUUCAGUGGAUCUGAGUCUCCGUAGUGAAAAUGAGGAGAGAGGUUUCUACACAGAGAACUUUCAUUCAGCUUCGUGGGUUUUCAGAGGGGAUGACAGCAGUCCAGAUAAUAGCCCUAGAUGUCUCAGCAAAAGGCCUAGGCCAGUAGCAGUUCGUGAACGAACAGUGAGGAUCACAAAAGGAACUGGUGAUUACCCCUGGGGAUUCCGAAUCCAGUUCUCCAAGCCCAUCCUUGUGACUGAAGUGGAUACUAACAGUUCGGCUGAGGAAGCAGGGCUUCAGGUGGGCGAUAUUGUGUUGGCUGUCAAUGGAACUGACGUCACCAGCAUGCCACAUUCACAAGCUGCAAAUCUGGCAAGAAAGGGCCCUGAUAUCUUGACCCUCUUGGUUGGAUCAGACAUCAGCCGCUGUCCCAGCACUCCCAGGCCAACAUGUCGAGGAUAUUUGCACAAGCGAACUCACUCAGGGAUACUGAAGGGCUGGAGGAAGAGAUGGUUUGUGCUGAAACAUGAUGGCUGCCUUCAUUACUACAAACACAAGAAGGAUGAAGGAAAGUGCAAACCUCUAGAUGUAACAAAGUUAGAAGGUGCGGAAAUUUGUGUUGACAGCAGCCUGGGUAAACCAUUUGUGUUUAAAUGCAUGCCUCAAACUGGAAACAAGAUUUUCUACUAUUGUGCAACUUCAAACCAAGAGAUGAAAAGGUGGCUGGAGGCUAUGGAUAAAGCUGUGCAUCCUGUCCAUCAGAAUCACGUAUGGGUAGAUGUCACCCUACACAACACCAGCCUUCCACCCCUCGCUAUCAAAAACCCAGAGUGUCUGGGUCUCCUCCACCAACUGGACAAAACCAGGGAUGUGUGGAUUCAGCACUACUGCAUUCUGAAGGAUGGCUGUUUGUAUUUUUAUGCUGGCAUUCGCUCCACACAUGCCCUAGGUGGGAUUUACCUGCAAGGUUACACUGUAAGUGAACAGACACUUGGCUCCAGGAGAUCUGUAAUUGAAAUGAAACCCCCAUCUGAAGAGUUUCAAACCUUCUACUUAUGUGCAGAGAAUGUAAAUGAAAACAAACGAUGGAUUACUGCUUUGAAAACCUCAGUUAAUAAAUGGGUAACUCUACACCAGGCCAUUCAAGACUUCAUGAACCGACCACUGGAAGAGACAAAGAUGUGAAAAAAUAUAUAGUUUUUCUUCAUACUUUUCUUUAUAAUACAUUUCAAGACAAUAUCUCCCAACAGACAAGAUAUUUUAGCACCAGAUGAACUUUAGCAGUGGUAUGUACCACACAUCUUUUGUAAACAUU